UGAAAUCAGAUCAGUUCCUUUGUGCUGAUCCGUCUCGUCUCCGAUACUGACCGAUCCGAUCCAAUUUAAAAACGGGGAUAAAUAUGUUUUAUAUGGUUCGAUCCAAGCCGACCCAUAUCGGUAUCGGCAAAACCAAUACCGUUUUAGAACCUUCGUCUCCGAUGGCCUAUUUAAGCUCACCAUCGCUCUCUCUGUUAACCACCCGAAAUGAAUUUUACAUGCAAGGCAUUUUGAAAACCUUUCGGCGUCUUCUUCUUUUUGCUCACUCGCGUGUUCUCUCUCUCUCUAGUCACAACGAAAAAGCAAGCUUGGUGCUAAGCUGCUGCAUUGGGCGAUGGAGGGCUUAACAACUUCUUCUUCGAAGAUCUUUGCAGAAUACAACAGUAGCAGAGGAUUCUUGUCUUCUGGAACUCUUUCUAAUAUACCAAAAAAAUGUCUCUUUGGGUCUCGGAAGCUCGUUAGCCUCCAUUUAACACAUUCGUUUACUUUGCAUUUCAAGGCAAUUGAGUCUCUUGGAUCCCCUUCUUUCUCGUCAGAAACACAGCCGGGCUGGGAUAAUGCAAAUUAUCAAGCUCAAGCAACAUGUCAAUUGAAAACUGUUCAUGUUAAAUUGCAAUUACAAAAGGAGUGCGUGUUUGGUCAGCGGUUCCUCCUUGUUGGUGAUGAUCCCAUCCUUGGUUUGUGGGAUCCUUCAAAUGCUAUACCACUGGAAUGGUCAGAUGGACAUAUUUGGGCAGUUGAGCUGGAUCUACCUGUUGGAAAGUCUGUACAGUUCAAGUUUAUUCUUGAAGGAACUGUUGCCGGAGAGGUUUUGUGGCAGCCAGGCCCAGACCGGCUUGUGCAGACUUGGGAAACUAAGAACAUUAUCAUUGUUUCAGAAGACUGGGAAAAUGCUGAAAUUCAAAAAAUAACAGAGGAGCCGAUGCUUAAUCCACUCAUGGAAUCAUAUGCUACAGAAAACUUGCCUUAUGCAAAUGUGGAAGGGUUAGCUAAAGAUAAUGAGAGAUUGAUUGUUGCAGAGAAAAUUUCCUUCCCUGAAGAGGAACCUAUGGCUAGUGCAAUCAGUGAACAGAUUGAUUCAGAGUAUACUACUCUUCCAAAAGAAGAUCCUGUGGUCAUUGCAGGUAAUACAUCGAUUGUUGCAGAGAAUAUUACUCAUCCAAAAGAAUACAUGGCUGAUUUGGGAGAGGGAUUGCAAACUUUAGAUAGAAUUACUUAUUCACAAGAAGAAAACAUGCCUAAUGCAAACAUAGAAUUCAUAAGUGCCCAAAGCACACCUGAAAGUAAUGGGGGAGUUAAAAGCUCUGAAGAUGAGAACCAAGGUAUCUAUGAAGGAGGUUUUGUUCUAGUACCUGGAUUGACUCCGUUACCAACAAUGACAACUCAAGAUUCAUCAUCACAAGUGGUUGAGAAAGGCAAUAAUUCCGGUACUUCUGUUCAAGCUGGUGAAGCUGAUGAUAAUAGUGCAUCUGAGCUCCUUAAUUGGUCUUCCGGAGUCCACCGUUGGCUGAUGUGGCCCAAUUUCCAUAUCAGCAUAAGGAAGUUGCCACCCUUGAGUGGUAGUUUCCUGGAUUCCUACCAUGAUGGUAACUCACUCCCCUAAUGGUAGGGAUCGGAAUUACUUGUGAUCACAAGUUCAAGGGAUUCUGGCUUUUGAAGAUAAUUACAGCUAUUCCAUCUCUGUUGUAACUGAGGGAGAGAUGAAAAGCCAGAAGAACAACCCCUACUAUUGCUCACAUUUGGAGAAAUUCCAACAAAGAGGCUGUCAGUGAUUUUGGUAGCAACCUAAAGGGUGGAAAAACUCAAGUGGAGUGAGCAGAGCAUCUAUAGGAUGCAGAACGGUAAGGGGUUUGCUCUCAAAAAUUUGUUUUUUGGGGAUACCCAAGGUGUCCAUCUUUGACCCGAUUAGUCCUUGGGGUGGUUGUGAUACUGCUUACACAGCACCAGGUCAGUCCGAGAUGGAAACUCUUGUGUGGUGGCCCCAAGAAAUUAAGGGCAGCAGAAAGGUUUGAUCACUAGCUUCAGCAGUCCCACACGUUAAAGCCAAGGUGGUAUGCUAUAAGUCUAUCUGGAAGCCAGAAGCCUACUAAGCUUCUGCAGUCCCUCACGUUCGGGUGGAUCACCAACCGUAGGAAAUUUACAAGAGGAGUUUAAGAAACUAAAACUUCUCGAAAGUUGGCUGUGAAGGUUAGAGGCUCUAUAUAAAGCCUGUGGCUUCCUCCCCUUUCAGCAAGUCUUAGCUAUUGUCUUGAAUAAAGGGUGCAUGUGUAAGAAAGUCUAAGCUGUGUAUUGAACUACCUGUGAGAAAGUCUUGCCUAUGUGUGGCUGUGUAUUUUUUCAAAGAUGUUUAUUGUAUUAUGUUUUAAGUGUCGUAUUGUUAGUAAAUGUGUAUGAAUUCGUAUUUUAUAAAAGUCUACUG